AUGUUACUGGUACGAGUGGUACCAAAUUUAGGGUUCUGCCAGUUUCAACACAGUGGCAUUCGAGGAUGGUUGGUUGAUCUGGCUUGGCUUAUUUACACCGGUCAGGGCGGUCACUGUAGUGAGCAAGCUAGAAUAUGUUUUAUCCAAAUUGUACUCCAUAUAACUUUGCCAAAUAUUGAGAAAGUUGAUCAAAGAUAUGGGGAGAAUUCUGCAGUAUAUAUGGACAGAAUUGCUCCAUGCCAAUCAUUCUAUCCUGCAAUACCAGAGUUAGCAUCUUGGCAAGAUAUUUCUGUUUUUCUUUGCAUAUUCACUCUCGUUGCAGCCAAUAACUUGAUGGGGAGCGAGGUGAAGCACAUAGCAUAUGGACCGUGGGGAGGUCAAAGUGGGUAUAAAUGGGAUGAUGGAAUCUAUUCCGGUGUAAGGCAAUUUGAGUAUGAUAAGAAUGGUCGCGCAAUUUGGUCUGACAAGCAUGGUGGCAACAAUGGUACUAGGACUGAUCAGAUCAAGCUUGACUACCCUACUCAAUAUCUAGUCUCAAUUAGCGGAUUUUGUGGCUCUAUUACGAAAGGUGGUCCAGUGAUUGUCCGCUCACUUUCCUUGCAAACCAACAGGAAAAAAUAUGGACCUUUUGGUAUUGAGCAAGGAGCUCCUUUAUCACUGCCUGUUAAUAAUGAGAUGUUAGUGGGUUUUCAUGGAUGGAGCAGUGAAUACCUUGAUUCAAUCGGGGUUUACGUAAAAUCUCAACCGCAAACAAAUCUUUUGGAGACACAUAGGAUGCUCCCUACUACUCAUGUUAGAGUUCCUGGGAUUAACAAGAAAGUCCAGUCACUUGGACCGUGGGGUGGUGAUGGUGGAACAAACUUCGAUGAUGGAAUUUAUACAGGGGUUCGAGAAGUACAUAUAAUGCGAUCAGGAGGGCUGGUAUCCAUUAGAGUUUGUUAUGAUCAAAAUGGGAAGGUGGUUUGGGGGAAUAAGCAUGGUGGAUCUGGAGGACUCAAGCUUGACAAGAUUGUUUUCGACUAUCCCUACGAAAUCCUGACUCUUAUAACAGGAUUAUAUGGAUCCACAAUCCUGCGAGGACCAACAGUUGUCAAAUCACUUACUUUCCACACCAACAAAAGGAGUUACGGGCCAUUUGGAGAUCCACAAGGGUUUUCGUUCUCCACAGGUUCGUUAGGUGCAAUUGUUGGCUUUCAUGGAAGAAAUGGAUAUUUUGUGCAUAGCCUUGGAGUCCAUGUUGUCGAAAGCAAACCAGUCUAUCCUCAUUCUUAUCCUGAUUAUGACAUGCCUAACCAUGUUCUUGAAAGAAAACCAGUCCUUGCUCAACCUUACCUUAUGCUGAUCAUUAUGACAUGCCUAAACAUGUUCCUGAUAGAAAACCAAAAACCAGCCAUCCAUCCGCCUUAUCCUGAUCAUUAUGAUAUGCCUGGCGUAAAGCCUUCUGAGGUAGUAUGGGGAAUGCCAAGACAACCAGCUCUCUAUGAUUCAGGUCAAUCAGGGCCAUGGGGAGGUGAAGGAGGUAAGUCUUGGGAUGACGGAGUAUAUAUUGGGGUCAAGAAAAUUAUUCUAAAAAGGGGAGAUGCUAUUUGCUCAAUACAGAUUCAGUAUGAUGAACACGGCCACUCUGUUUGGUCUGCUCCACACGGAAUAGCCAACGACGCUUGCACCUACCAUAUAAAAUUUGAUUACCCAUACAAAGUACUUACAAGCAUCAGUGGAAGCUAUGAUAUUCUAGUCGGAGAUAUGUAUAGAAGGGUAAUAAGAUCUCUCACCUUCCAUACGAACAAAGCUAAAUAUGGACCCUACGGGAAACCCAUAGGCACACACUUUUCUUCGAGUAAUAAAGAAGGUAAAAUAGUCGGCAUCCAUGGAAGGAGUGGCACUUUCUUGGAUGCUAUUGGAGUCCAUAUGCAGCACUGGGUGAGCGACGAACUGUCACAUCAACCAUAUUCUCCUGAGAGAGGAGGCUUCACAAAAAUCCUGAACAAAAUGUACAAAUGAUGUGUGUAUAAUUAUGCAUGGGAUCUUUGAACAUAUUGCAGUAUGGAAACUGCUAGCUUGUAUAAUAGGUUUCAGAUGAUUGUUUGCUGUUUUUAAUCAACUUUGUGUUAUGCAUGUUUGUGUAUUGAUCAUCUGAUUUGCAUGUGUUCUUGUAAAGAGUCACCUGUAUAAUAAAACUUAUAAGAUCAUGGUUUUGCAAA